UGGCGUAUACAUUGUAUUAAGCUCCAGCUUUUGGGGGCAAUGUCCCAAAGUUGCUAGAUCUUCCUGUUUUUCAGGAACGACUAGAAACCUAUAUUCUUAAGUGAAAUCUCUUGGGUUUUCAGAAGUUGGCACCGACUUUGGGCCAUAAUUUGGGGAAGGCCAGGCAGAAUAAAUGUGUGGGGAGGGUGCAGCCAGUGGCCUCCUCAGCCGUUUUUCAUGAGGCUUGAAUGUAGAAGGAGGGAGAAAGGGUAGCAAGAGGGAAUUUAGGAGUAAAGGAGAUUGUUUUAGAAGGAGAGGGGGACAUGUGAGCCCCCCUUCAUGUUGAUGUUCCUUUGGGGAACUGCCCCUCCCCAAUUCUGGGUCCAGUGUCCCAUACAUUGCAGAGGGGCCUGAAGGUGCUCAGAGCCAGAGCAAAAAGGGGGGACCUGGCCUUACAGAGAGGAAGGGCACCUUUUGUUUUUCCAACUGUCUGGGGAAGGAAAUCAAGAUGACUGCACAUGCAAACAAGUUUGUCCGUGCCACUAUCACCACCCGAGUAUUAGGUGCUCAAGUGGAACAGGGGACUUGAGGAAGGUGGGGAAGCGUGGGGGAGUGGCUGGUGAGGCAAACCGAAGGGGGCCCACCCGGACAGAGAGCUGGGUUUCUCAACCUUUGCAUGAGUGACAUCUUGGUCUCAAUAAUUCUGUGUUGUGGGGGCUGACCUGUGCACUAUAGGAUGUUUAGUGGCAUCCCUGGCCUAAACCCACUGGAUACCAAAGCUCACACCCUUCCUCCCAGUCAUGACAGCCAAAAAUGUCACCAGAUACUGCCACGUUUCCCCAGGAUUGAGUGGGAUGGGAUCACUCCUACCCAUCUCCCUGCUGAGAUCCUGUGUUAGGACUGUGGAGUGCUGACUGGACAUCAGGAAUGUGGGUUGCAGUCUUCAUGGCUGUAUUUGUUGUUGUUGUUUUUCUUCUGGGAAUAGGAGCAGAGAAGAAGUGAACGAUGGGUUAAGCCAGAUUUGUUGGGGAUGGUGGGGCAUUGGUGCUGCAAUGGAGGGAUAAGGGGGUCGUGGGAUUGAUGGUAUGGCCAAGAUGUGGGUGUAGUUGAAGGCAAAUGCGCAUGCGUCUGAGCUGGAUGAAGUCACCAGGUGUUUGAGGAAUGGUCAAGCUCAGGUCCCUGGCCAAGCUCAGGUCCCUGCAAACAAGGCAGCUGUAUCUUUAAGAUGGGAAAAGAGUAAUAAAACCUGUCCUUAGGGUUGUUGAAAGAAUCAAAGACUUUGGUACACGGAAAGCACUUAAAAUAGUGCCUUACUAUGCUUGUAGUAAGUGCUCAAGAAGAGCCAGCUAUUAUUAUCAUUAGGCUUUUAUAGCUGCAAGUAAUCGAAACUAACUCAUACCCAUACUCACUUACCAAAAAAAGGAAAGUAAAGAAAGUCCCAGAGUAGGGGUGGGCUUAGUCCAGGAGCUCACUUCUUUAGGAGGCAAUGACAAAGAAGUCAUGGUUCACUUCUUUGAAUUUUCUCUGCUUUGCUCUUGUCUGUACUGCAAUCCCAGCAGAAUUCAUUUCUUUUCUCCAUUGAUUUGCAAGGGUUAUUGCUCUUCUGCCUGUCGGCUUGGGUUUUGUGUCCACCUUGGAGUCAGCAUGACCUGGGGUCAUGAAAUAUGAAGAUGGCCAGACCUGGGGUGGGGUGCAGUACCCAACCCAGGGCCAAGGGUGGGGAAGGUGAAUGGGGGACCUAGAAUUGAGGAGAGGGGUUGUUCCCAGAGGAAUAUCAGGAAGCUGUUACCAGAAUCUCAUGUCUUAAAAAUACAAACGGCAGCGCCCGUGCAUUCUGUCAUUCGGUUCUGCAGCCUUUUUUUCCACUUCAUGUAUUUUGGUCAUUGUUCCACAUGACUGCAGAUGUAGUCACCUUGUUCUUUUAAAUGAAAAGCCUUAGAUGCCCUGUUGUAUGGGUGUCCUAGGAUUCCUUUAACCGGGUCCCUGUUGGUGGACAUCUUAGGUGUUGCUAGCCUUGUGCUAUUAAAAACAGGACUCCUCUUGGACUCUGGGAUUCUAGCUCUGGUAGUGCUGCCAGGGAGGCCAUGGCUUAGUAAAAGUUGGGUGCUCAGUAAAUCUGUUUCUUCCUUCCACUUGGAAUGAUGUAUAGGACAUUCCCAUGCUGGGUCUUGGAGGUUUUCACAUGUGCUGAAUUGGAUGAUUGCCGGACUCUUGGGGUCCACAUGUUCCUCCUGGGGAAGGAGUCCCCCUGCAGCGUGGACUGCUGAAGGAUUGCAUUCUGCUCCUUGGGGUGAUCGCUUCCCUAUAGCGUUGGGGCUCCCCUUGCUAGCACAGGCGGCUGCUGGUGCCAGAGUCAUGACCCCGGUGGUUGGUUGGCAGCUGACGUGGGAUGGUUUGGCUUCUGAAUUAGUCAAUCUUGGAUGAGCCAUUUCACUCACAGCUGGAGGUCUCAGCUGUUUUCUUAACACCUCUGGCCCUGUAGCACGCUUGAAAUGAAUCAUACAAACACUGCUUUUAGUGAAGAAAUACAUGGCAGCAGUGUUAUUUCUCAGCACCCCUCUGUCCUCCUCAAGUGCCAGCUAUAAAUAAACCACCUUGGAGUCUGGGAUAGCCCAAAACAGAGAAGGCAUCCUUUGAAUUUCUCCCUGGCCAUGCCCUGUCUGGCCCCUAGCUAGUCCUUGGAGCAGAUUGGUAUCAAACUGACCUGCGGGGGUUGCUGUGGCCUGGUCAGACCCAGCUGCUGGCCCCCUGGGGGUCAUUUUUUGGAUCUGCGCAAGUCCUCUGAAAUAGUUUGUGCAGGCUGGGAUUAUGUGUUUAGGGGCCCAGUUAUUUCAGACUGAGAUAGCCAUCUCCCCGUGAUACCAGUAUGUCCAGCCAGCUGGCCAAACACUGUCUAGCAAAAGAGGAAUCAUCUAUUCAGUAGGUACCUGCCAGCAACUCUUCUAGGUGCUGGAGCCUGUGAGAGUGAAUGAGACAGGCCUCCUUUUUGCCUUCAAGGAGUUUAUGAGCGCGAAGAUCAAGCUGGCUUCCAAGAGAGGCCCUAACUUUGUCAAGGAACUGAAGACUUCACCGCGAGAGUGGUUAGAAACACGUCCAGGCUGUGGAGCUGGGCCAGCCUGCAACUGAAUUUUUGUUUCUGCCAUUCCCUUGCUUUGUGGCUGGGAUGCAGAAGCUGCUCCCGUGAGAACCGCUGCUCCUCUCCAUAUGUGAACAGACUGACAGAUGCAGGCAGCACCAGCAAUCUCUUGAACCACUGAGGUGCACUGGAAAAUACAAAGCCACAGACCCAAGCAUGUCGGAGCAGGAUUGGUCAGCUAUCCAGAAUUUCUGUGAGCAGGUGAACACUGACCCCAAUGGCCCCACACAUGCGCCCUGGCUACUGGCCCACAAGAUCCAGUCUCCGCAAGAGAAGGAAGCUCUUUAUGCCUUAACGGUGCUGGAGAUGUGCAUGAACCACUGUGGGGAGAAGUUCCACAGUGAGGUGGCCAAAUUUCGUUUCCUGAACGAACUGAUCAAAGUGUUGUCCCCAAAGUACCUGGGGUCCUGGGCCACAGAAAAAGUUAAAGGAAGAGUCAUUGAAAUACUCUUUAGUUGGACAGUCUGGUUUCCGGAAGACAUCAAGAUCCGAGAUGCCUAUCAGAUGCUGAAGAAACAAGGAAUUAUAAAACAAGACCCUAAACUACCAGUGGAUAAAAUCUUACCCCCACCAUCUCCCUGGCCCAAGAGCUCCAUCUUCGAUGCUGAUGAAGAAAAGUCCAAGCUUCUGACAAGGCUUCUAAAGAGCAACCACCCUGAGGACCUUCAGGCCGCAAACCGGUUAAUCAAGAAUUUGGUCAAGGAGGAACAAGAAAAAUCGGAGAAGGUGUCCAAGAGGGUCAGUGCGGUGGAGGAAGUGCGAAGCCAUGUGAAGGUACUGCAGGAGAUGCUGAGCAUGUACCGCAGGCCAGGGCAGGCCCUGCCCGACCAGGAGGCCCUGCAGGUCGUGUAUGAGAGGUGUGAAAAGCUGCGACCCACGCUGUUCCGGCUGGCGAGUGACACCACUGAUGACGAUGAUGCACUCGCGGAAAUUCUCCAGGCAAAUGACCUCCUCACCCAAGGAGUUCUGCUGUACAAACAGGUGAUGGAGGGCCGGGUCACCUUUGGAAACAGAGUGACCAGCUCAGUGGGAGACAUCCCUGUCUCCAGAGUCUUUCAGAAUCCAACAGGCUGCAUGAAGACCUGCCCCCUGAUUGACUUGGAGGUGGACAAUGGACCUGCGCAGGCGGGGACUGUGGCGCCAUCUUUGCUUCAUCAAGACCUGGCAGCCUUGGGAAUCAGUGAUGCUCCUGUUACAGGCACGGUUGCUGGUCAGAAUUGCUGUGAGGAAAAGAGGAAUCCCUCCUCCAGCACACUGCCAGGCGGUGGCGUUCAGAACCCUUCUGCAGACAGGAAUUUGCUGGACCUCCUCUCACCACAGCCAGCUCCGGGCCCUCUGAAUUAUGUUUCGCAGAAAAGUGUCCCCAAGGAAGUGCCCCCAGGUACUAAGUCCUCUCCAGGUUGGUCCUGGGAGGCUGGCCCGUUGGCUCCUUCCCCAUCUUCACAGAAUACACCUCUGGCUCAAGUGUUUGUCCCUUUGGAGUCUGUUAAGCCCAGCAGCCUGCCACCUCUCAUCGUGUAUGACCGGAACGGAUUCAGAAUUCUGCUCCAUUUCUCCCAGACGGGAGCCCCUGGGCACCCAGAGGUACAGGUGCUGCUCUUGACCAUGAUGAGCACGGCUCCCCAGCCUGUCUGGGAUAUCAUGUUUCAAGUGGCUGUGCCAAAGUCAAUGAGAGUGAAGCUGCAGCCGGCAUCCAGCUCCAAGCUUCCUGCAUUCAGUCCUUUGAUGCCUCCAGCUGUGAUAUCUCAGAUGCUGCUGCUUGACAAUCCACACAAAGAACCUAUCCGCUUACGGUACAAGCUAACAUUCAACCAAGGUGGACAGCCUUUCAGCGAAGUAGGAGAAGUGAAAGACUUUCCAGACCCGGCUGUCUUGGGUGCAGCCUAACUUUUCAUAAGACGGACCCUUCAUUUCAAGCUUAGGCUGGCGUUACUUUUGCUGUCAAGUCGGGACUAAUGGUGUUUCAGUGCAGAGUGCCAAGAGUCCUAUCCUGACGUCAGGCUCUGGGUGUCAACUUCUGACUUAUUCUGCAGAUGCUGUGCGUGUGUGUAUGUGUCUGUGUCUGUGUGUCUGUGUGUUUGGGGAGAGGGUGGUAGUGCAGGGCUUGGGAUAUCGGCAGUGUGGGAAAUGUGUUGCAUUUCUCAUCAUCAUCAUCUCUGCUACAGUCAUGUUUCUGCAUGUCAGCGAGCGACACUGUCUGUGCCUCAGGUUGGAGGUUUUAUCAGCCAAAGUGUUUUUUUCAUGUAUUGUUCGUUCCAUUCAUCCACUCUGUGCCUUGUCAGCCUUUGAAAGUCUUGGUUGCUCCCAGGCUGCUGUUCUCAGGGACCUUAAAAGGGACCUGGUUAGUCUUGGGGCAGAGAGUAUCUUCUUGGGCACUCUCUUCCAAGAAAGACCUUGUCUCCAUUUUCAUUAGACAAUGCUUCUUGUGUGUGUUCUGGAAGAUCUUCUAAAUGGAAUGCUUGUUGCACUGUUCCCAGGCGAGUGGCUGCCAUGAGACCUGAGGACCACACCUGGGGGACCAAUCAUGUCCUUCACCACUGUGCCUUAGAAUCGCCCCUGGACAGGCCUCCUGGGCAGAGGGGAAAGCAGCUCCCAGGCCUUAUUCAGGCCUCAGGUCCAUGGGUUGGGCAGCCAGUCUGGGCCCUUCUCAGGAUCCUCAUCUCCAUCCUCAUCCUCUUCCUUCACGGCAUUUACUCGGAGCUCUUUGUGACACACCAUGUUGGUCAUGGUGAAUCGGCCAACAGCCAGCCCUUGCCAGCUGACGUCACAGUCUAAGAUGGGGAACUGUGGUACAGAUAGACAUGAAGAGAGCUUAGCAGUGAUUGAGGUGGUGACUAAAUAUACAGUCAUUAAAUAAAUACCAUGUAGCAAAUGUACUUUGUGGAGUGUUGAGUAAGUGGAAAAUGGAAAGCCAGUUGCAUUUAGAGAUGAUAGGCCUAAAGGGAACUGUCUUCUGUCGAGAAGUAAAGGAAACUUCCUGAAGGAUGUAGAAACUUAACUGCCUCAGUGAAGAGAACCUGAAGAUCUGAGGCAAGCUGGACAGGAGAGGUGGAUAUUUGUUGAAGGAAAAAUUCAAGUUUAUAAUCACUUCCCACUUAGUGAGCACCUACUGUGUGCUAGGAACUUGAAUGUGUAUUUUUGACAAGUCCUGCUUGGCCUGAUGGAUGAGAGAAGGAACCUGAGCCUGGCUGAGAUGGCCAGGUGGAGGGCUUUGAAGUCCAAGCAGCUGAACUGGCUGGGUGGGUUUCUACCUCCGAAACUGCAAGGCUUGUUUGGAGCUCUUAAUCACAGUAUCUGAUAUUUUUAAAGUCUGAUCUUUUGGCUUCUACAUAUAGUGGAAAUCUGCCAACACUAAUUGGUGGAGGUGGGAACUGUAAAAGAUGAAGUAUGCUAAUUUUAAGCAAAUGUAAAAACUCAUAAAACAGAUAAACAGUGAGGUGAUUUCAUUUGCCGUAAUUCACAUAAGACAAAUUUUAAUCUAAAAGUACUUGCUUGUGUUCUGUGUGCCUUUUUUUUUUUUUUUUUCCUUCUGUUUUUUGAGGCCACUCUGUCACCCAGACUGGAGUACAGUGGUAUGAUCUCAGCUCACUGCAAUCUCUGCCUACCAGGUUUAAGUGAUUCUCAUGCCUCAGCCUCCCAAGUAGCUGGGACUACAGGCGUGAGCCACCACGCCCAGCUAAUUUUUGUAUUUUUAGUAGAGAUGGGGUUUCACCACGUUGGCCAGGCUGUUCUCAAACUCCUGACCUCAGGUGAUGCGCCCACCUCGGCCUCCCAGAGUGCUGGGAUUACAGGCGUGAGCCACCACACCUGGCCUCUGUGUAGUUUUUAUAUGCUCUGUUGCUGUUGCAUAGGCUUGAAGAGAUACCCAUCAUAAUGACAGCAUCUCCCUCUGAAGGGUUUUGGUCAAAAUGGGUGAAUGAGACUUACACAUAAAGACAGGCUUUCUCCCCUAUUGUUCAGAGGUGAACUCACACGUGUGUACCUGAACAUUCUUGCUUUUGAGGAGACAGACUCCCAGUGGUACUUACUAUGCUUAGGUGUUGGACAGGAUAGGUGUGGGAGGAGAGAAGGCAGGCUGCUGUCCUGAAAGUGGCUGUGGUUUAUGUUAUCACUCCCUUCUAAUCAGCAAGUCCAGUGGCCACUCACAGCCCAGCUCCUACCUCUUCAUUCACUCAACAAGUAGUGACUCACACCUAUAAUCCCAGCAUUUUGGGAGGCUGAGUGGGAUGACCACUUCAGCCCAAGAUUUCAAGUCCAGCCUGGGCUACAUAGUGACACCUCGUCUCUGUUUUUUAAAAAACUAGUUGUUGACCAGCUACCCUGAGCCAGGGCACCACCCUGAAGGAGCUUCUCUUCCUCUGGGGAGAAGCAAAUUCAUGAUGUGUGUGCUGGAGAUCUGGCACUCAUGGCCAGUGCUUUCCAGUGUCCUGAACUCUUCAGGGGUCCUGUUGACCCCUAUUUCGUGACCUACCUCCGUGACUGCUCUUUUUCCUCUGUCUUGUAAGUGUGGUGGUUUUCCAGAGUCCAAUCCUCAGGACUUUCCUAUCCACACAGAGGCCUGGUAGUCAGGCGACUCUAAACCAUUAGAUGGAUUGUAGACCUCUCUCAAGCUGCCACCUCCUUGCUGUCCCCAGAUCAUAUUUCAGUCUGUCAGUGGAUAUCUGUAUCUGGAGGUUCCACUGUUGCUUCUAUCUCAGUUACUUAGAAUGGAACACAGAGUCCUGCCCCUUUCCACCUACAUGCCCUUACUUGAAAGCACCUGAGACUUAUUGGGUCCCUGAUUCCUGCUUCAUCUGUAUCUGCGGAGUAGUUGUAUGUCAAGUGGCCUGUUUUCUAAACAAUCCCACAUCAUGUCCUCCCUGUACUUACAUUGCCACUGCUCUGGUUUGGGCUUUUUUGGCGGAGGGGGAUGGGAGAGACAAUGCCUCUGUCCCAAUUCUGAGUACCAGCUCUGGUUCUUGCCACUACCAGAGUUCUCUAGCAAAUCUGAGCAUCUGACCGGGUGAAAAAUUCUGAAUGGCUUCCUGAUGCCUAACUUUAUGGGAUCAAAUUCAAGUUGCACGCUGACACUCAGUGCCCUUCUGGUAUCAUCUGCCAAGACCAGGGCCUGCUUCACCACAGCCGCAAUAAAAGUCCUUUCAAGCCCUGAUAA